GAGGGAGGAGCGGCCUGAUUGGUCGGUGUCGGUGUGGGUGUCUGGAUUUAAAAGCCGGUGGACGUGAGGUGACGGUAGAGAAAACACUUGACAAGCCUUCUCAUCUUAGAGGCGCAUCCGUGUAAAAGAGUGUGGCAGGUGUAUGAAUCCACCCAAAGACAAAGACUGCAUCGGUUUAGAUUCGUUUGGUAGCUGGACGUCUCACCUUCAGGUCAUUGAGAUGUUUAAGACGGACAUGUUGAACGUAUUGACCACAGUCGCUCUGCUGACUGUCGCUUCGGUCCUGGAUGCUGCUCCGAUGACGCCUGGAGAACCCACUGAUGGAGAUCCAAGGAGAACCGGCGUGGAUGAAAUAAAUCCGGCUCGAGUGAAGCUACUGAGGACCCGACCAAUGACGACAUUUCCCGAUGGAGAUGGAAAGACUGUAGCAAUGAGAGCAUUAGACGAAAUAAUCACAGCGACGAGUGGCCCAAACGCCAGAGACAAAAUCUUAGACACAGGUCUCAAUGAUCUGUUUAAGACCCUAACACUGCUCUCUGAUGGACACGAGGAGAUUCAGCCGAGUGAUGCAUCUCCGAGGACAGACCGCACAACCAGUCCUCCCGAUCCCCAGAGGAGAACGGAGAAGAUCAGACUGUCCAGGCUGUCAGCGGUGACUGGUUCACACAAACAAUCCCAGUCUGAUCCGGAUGCUCGAGAGGAGCUGGUGAAGAUGCUGAGUGCACUCGAGGAGCUGCACAAGUUAGUGAACAGCACACUGAGCCAUCGAAUCACCAUCAUAACCAGAGGAAAUAGCAAUGGGCGAGGAACCGGGAAAAAGAACAAAAUGCAGGUAGUGACAGAUGGGAACCUGAAAGCCACCACAGCGACCACUAUAGACAGCGGUGGGAGCUUUUCACCCAAGGCUAGCACUGACCACACGGAUCCCAAACUCAACGGAAAAGCCUUUAAAAAGUCUCUUCCAUCGGCUAAGAAAACCAACAAAAGAGUGUGCUUCUGGAAGUACUGCUCUCAGAACUGAGCUUCAGCAACCUUUGAAAUGCCAAGCAACAAAUCCUGUUCUCAAACAUAGAUGCUUAAACUCUUCUCAAUGGACCACCAAUAACAUGACUGACCCCUCUGACCCCUGUGACGUGUGUACCCUUGAUUUUGUGCACGAAACCCUGUUAACCUUCGGUCUACAACAUCUUCUUUGUUUGUUGCAAGCUCCAAUAAAAAAGACAAAGCAUGCAAAAAUACUGUGAUAAUAAAGAGAACUUUAUUUUUCUACA